AUGUAUACAGCCGCUGUCGCAGCAGUGACAGAAGCAUCACUCGCCAAUUCCACGCCGAGUUGUCAGCCCUUCCGUCGUCUCUUGGAAGAUCUUGAUCUCUAUCCUCUCCUCAACUCGAUUCUAUCACAGGAGAACUUCUACGAGGAACUCCCGGAUUUUGUUGUCUCUGUGCUGACCAUUACCUUCCAUGUGAUCUUUGCUGCGAAGACCGAGCCAAAUAUACUCGCAUCCUCUCACGAGAUUGUUUCCACUCUUUGUCGAGGGGCGUGGAGCCGACGGUCGCUGUUUGCCAAUGAGGCACCGGGCUCACAAUACACAGAGAUUCGCCACGCGCUUCUGUCUACUGUUAUCGCACUUGUCAUACCCGUAAUUGACCCGUUCAAUUCGCGACUUGAUAUACGCUUGACAUCGUUUAUGUGUUGGCUGUAUAACCCUGAUCUGGACGACCCCCUGAAUGAUGCGAGCUUUCGAACAGACUUCUCUGUUGCUCUGCUCCAUCAAGCUCUCAUUGGCGAUUCCGAUGUCGAUAGUGUCGGCGUUGAGCCUGCCGUAGAGCUGCUUAACUUCGUGGAGCAGCAGGUGUUACCGAACUUUGGAGCAGAGGCAUACGUGGAACGACUAGCGCGAGCCUUGCGGAAUCCAACGCUUCUCAACGAGUGCUUGCACGCUACGAUGUCGAUGACAUGUUUAUCUAUGAGCUGUCGACCAGAACUCUCCAAGAUUAUAGUAUCAUCUGGUCUGAUUCCAGCCAUGGUCGGGGCCAUCAAACGGCAAGCUGAGAAGGGCCAUCAGCGCUCGCAGAGCCACGCACUCAUUGAGAUCUUAUCGCUUUACACGUAA